AUGUCGCCAAAACAGCCCCAGGCGUCACUUUUUCAGGUCUUUCUCCGUCUGCGACCUCCGAUUGCCCAGAAAGACGAAGCCGAGCGAUUCCUUGCGGUCGAGACCCCAGAGACGUCGCACGAUGACGCAGAAAUCGUCCCCGCAGUGCCGACGCACAUUACUCUUCUACCUCCGAAUGAUACCCGAAAGCGCGCCGUUGAGAAGUUCGGCUUUACUAAAGUCUUCGAAGAGGCUGCCUCGCAAUUGGACGUCUUCCAUGACACUGGCAUGGAACCUAUCAUACGGGGAGUGCUGAAGGAGAAUCGCGAUGGGUUGGUUGCUACCCUAGGAGUGACAGGAAGUGGAAAGAGCCACACAAUCCUAGGAUCGAAGACCGAACGAGGAAUGACCCAGAUGGCGCUCGAUGUCAUCUUCCGCUCCCUGGAACCUACCGUCAAGACAGAGGAUGGGAGCAUUACCCCAGUCGUGCUUGCAUCGCUGGCCGCUGCCGAUGUGUCUGAAGCCCAGUUGUUUUCCGCCCAGACUUUCUUGGAAGCUGUUUAUGGUGAACCUACCGGACGCAACUCAAGAGCACAAACACCCAUGAGCCCAGGUCGUGCCAACACACCCCUUACGGUACGAAGUCCCCAAACCCUUAAUUUCCCCCAAGGAUUGUCAACCCCACGACCGAAAACGAUCAGUUCGUUUAUCCCAAGACCACGGAGUAGACCUGGAAGUCCUCGCAAGGUGGAUGUUUUGAUAGCCAGUCUUCAGCGCAGUGCCAGAGCUGCCCUGGGCCAGGACUCGCCCGAGGAUACUGGAACCCUUGACCAGAGACUUUACACCCCCCUGCCCUACACCCGCAUCAAUGAGUUUGAAUCGCAAGUAGCUAAACGACUUUAUGUUUUAAAGGAACCCACCCCCGCAUUGACCUUCCCGCGCCGAAACAUCCGUGAAAGACAAGCUGCACUUCCUCGACUUCCCGAUAUGGGCCACCUCACGGUGGAUAUGGAGUCGAAUGCCGACUUUGUCGUUCUGGUAUCGAUGUAUGAAGUAUACAACGACCGAAUUUUUGAUCUCCUGUCACCUGCAAUUGUCCCAGGCCAAGGAACAAUGUCCCGUGGUAACAACCAAAAGGAUCGACGACGCCCCCUGCUCUUCAAGCCAACCGAAGGCUCACCUGACCGUAAAAUAGUCGCAGGGCUGCGCAAAAUUGCUUGCGGCACUUACGAAGAAGCAUUGGCUAUUUUGGACGUGGGUUUGAUGGAACGAAAGGUGACUGGCACUGGAAUGAAUAGUGUUAGCUCUCGAAGUCAUGGAUUCUUCUCCUUGGAAGUCAAGAAACGUACCUACUCCAAGAGAACUGGCGAGGCCCAUUGGAUUGGUAAUGCUCUGACUGUAGUUGAUCUGGCUGGCUCUGAACGCGCAAGAACGGCCAAGACAGCGGGUGCUACUCUCGCCGAAGCUGGCAAGAUCAACGAGAGUUUGAUGUAUCUUGGUCAGUGCUUGCAGAUGCAAAGUAAUAUUCAAGAUGGCAUGAAGACCGCACUUGUGCCAUACCGCCAGUGCAAGUUAACAGAGCUCCUGUUCUCAAACUCUUUCCCCUCCCCCCAUCAAAUGUCUCGGGGACAAUAUCCACAAAAAGCUAUUAUGAUAGUCACCGCGGACCCCCUCGGUGAUAUCAACGCAACCUCUCAAAUUCUGCGCUACUCCGCACUCGCUCGUGAGGUCACCGUGCCCAGAGCGCCCUCAAUCGCUGAGUCUAUCAUGUCUACAUCAGGAAGCCACCGCUCAGUGAGUGGCCGUGCAUCAGUGCACGAUGGGACGGCAGAGGAGCUCGAAAGAGCAGCUAGUGAGAUCACACGUCUCACUCGUGACUGCCACGGCCUUGCAGUCAAGCUUGCCGAAGAAGAAAUCGCACGAUCUGAGAUUGAAGCCAGACUACUUGCCGCCGAAGAAAAAUGUCUCAUGGUUGAGCAAGACGUGCGUGAAGAAUGCUGGGCAGAGAUGGACGAAAAAAUGGAAGAGGAGAGACGCCGUUGGCAAAAUGCUUGGGAUGAGCAGCUCGGUCGCAACGAUGAGCAUAUCGACAAGAAGGUCGAGCUGGUUUCCCGUGGUUUUCAGAUAUUUGAAGACCCAAACUCGAAUGCACGCAUGGAAGAGCUGGAACAAGAAAACGACGACCUCCGUCGCCGUCUCGCCGCCCUCGAGCGUGAAAUGCACUCGCAAUCUCCGAGCAGAAAGCCCAGGGCCAAGAAUGCGGCACCUGCUCGUGCUAAUGUCUUGAGCCGCGAGAGUGACAUUGAGAAUGCUCUGCAACGCAUGGAUCAGUUGAAGCUUGCUGAUACUAUGUUUGCGCCUCCUUCCCCUGGAGCAUCUCCCGUCAAGAAGCAGCGGAAAAUGGGAACACGCAAGUGGGAUCUCGCCCCUGAGGACGACAUUUAA